UGAAUAUUCUAUUUUGCAGGAUGUGUUGGUAAAGCAGCGAACAUCAUGUUUGUACUAGAUUCUUCUAGUAGUAUAUGGAUUGUCGAUUAUAAAAAACAACUGGAAUUUGCUCAAAAGCUGGUGGAUAACUUUGACAUCGGUACUGAUAAUUCUCAAGUUAACGUUGGCGCUAUUACUUUCAGUGAUAGAGCUCAUCUCGAGUUUUCACUUGAUCGAUAUGCAGACAACCAACAAGUGAGAAAAGCCAUAGCUAACAUUCCUUACAGAACUGGUCAAACUAACACAGCGGAAGCAUUGGAAGUUUUGAGAUCAGAACUGAAACCGAAGCUACAGUCAUUUUCAUCUCCUUUCAUUGCAAUUGUUAUCACUGAUGGAAAAUCACGUGAUACAAAAGCCACAAAAGAAGAGGCCAAGUUACUUCAUAAACUUGGAAUCCACGUUUACGCUAUUGGUGUUGGAAGUAAUUACGAUUUGGAGGAAUUGAAAGCUAUUGCAAGUGAUCCUGUCAACAAUGUGUUUGAAGUGACCAGUUAUUCAGCAUUACAGAAUAUAGCGAAAUCUUUCGGAGUGAAAACAUGUGAAGCUAUAACAAAACCUCCUGUUGUUCAAGAUACAUCAGCCCAGACAACGAAACAGCAGUUUACAACUACUACAGAAAUGAAGACAACCACUACAACAAAACAGCCUUUCACUACUACUAGAGUAACAACAACAGCAGCAACAACAACAACAGCAACACCAACAACAACAGCAACAACAACAACAACGGCAACAACAGCGGCAACACCAGAAAUGACUUCGGUUGUAACUGCAUCGCCAGCCAAAUCAAUAUCAAUAAAAACCUUUGUUUUUCCAGCAACAGGGAAACCAAGACGUCUGUUUUCUGAUAGACCACAAAGAGAUGAAUCUUCAUCUGUAACCUAUGGGUAUGACCUUAUCUCUAUGGGAGCCUACAGAGCCAACAUGAUUACACAAUUUAUCAAUACUAUGUUGCCGUACACUGGAUAUGGAAAUUUCAGAGUUGUGUCGUUUGCCCACUGUCCGGUUAACUUCAAUGUACCUACGACUUCACUGACUGGGAAAUCUUAUUCAGAAACAAGAAACAGUGUUAAUGUAGCAGUUCCCGGCUUAGCGAAUGUCCUACGUGAAAUGAGAAAAGGCAAUGAAACAAAAGACAGUACGACUACUUCGAAAAAGAACACGGCUGUUUUGUUUGUCGAUCCUUCAGUAACCUCGAUUACACAAGAAGUAUUAGCAGAAAGUGAAAAACUUAAGAAUCAAGGCAGUAAGAUAUUCUUAGUGAAUGUAGGUCGUAAUAUUUGGCCACAACCUCAAUUACUGCAUUCAAUCAGCAGCCAACCUUACAACAGAUACAUUUAUAAUUUCCCAACUUACAAUCAAUUGUUAUAUACCGCUCACAACACACCUUUCAAGCUCAGAGCUAUGUGUAAAGGUUACCGGAACACAUAUUAACAUAGAUGCAGUAGUAUAAUAUAAACACUGUUUACAUUAUACAGUCAUAUACACGUACAUUAUUGUGUGCAGUCACAUACACAUGUUUAAUUAAAAUGUACAGUAGCUACAAAUGACUGCUGGUUCAGUCUGUAGCAAAUUCUACAGAAUAACGCUGUUUCUGGAGUGAUAAUCAGUCAUUGCUGAUUUUCAAAAUGCAGAUCUGGACACUAAAUUAAAAACUAACACGCUGCAUUGUUUGGUAUCAAAUUAUUUUUAUAUGAUUUAAUACACACGCGCACACACACACACACACACACACACACACACACACACAUAUACAUACAUACAUACAUACAUACAUACAUACAUACAUACAUAACUAUAAACUCAAAUACAUCCGUGCAUACAUCGAUGAUUAAUUACCAUGUUAUUUAACUUUUCUUUGCACAGAUAUUUCGCUUCAAUAUUUCGAAAUGUGUUCAACUUCAAUUAUAAAAUAUUUACUGUUUGCGUUGGAGGCAUUUACUACACGUUGGUUCUUUAUUAUAUGCCCAUCAAAAACAUACUUCAUAUUUAUUUUACAUUUCAUAUGUCAAAGCAUUUAAUGUAUAUAAUAUAUAUAUAAUUUUGUAAAGAAAAGUUUUCAUCGACGAUCUCCUAAUAAGCACAAUCAGUUGCUGGCAACAUUUUAUUUAUAUCAAUAUAUUGGGUUUUUUUACGUAAUUUCCUUUAUGGAACGGAAGUUUUAUACGAGCAAUGAGCAUGUCUUUGAAAUAAUGUAUUUUUAUACGUUUUAAUAAAUGAAAUUGAUUAUAAAAUGA